AUGUCCCUGCCAACUGUUGCUUCCCAACAAAAUGCCGUGUGGCUUCGGAGAAAAGGAGACCAGUCUCAUUUGGUGGUGCAAAGUCGACUUGUCUUCAUUGUUGUCCAAGCGUGGCAUGGAGUCCGAGAUGCCUGGGCCAACGUCAAGGGUGCGCCCAGGAUUGUGGCUGAACUUGGCACAGAUAGACAGCCUCAACGGUUCACGACACGGUGUGAAGUUCCCGAGACGGUCGCCGGGCAGGCGGAAUAUUGGCAGAUUGGGGGAAGCGAUCUCGAGCUUGGCUUCAUGCAAUCUGCCCAGCCAACAGCGGGAAUCACACCAGAUCUGGAGAAUUUGCGCGUCUUGAAACCUUCGAGAACGAGAAACAAAGGCGACGAAGAAGUCAGACAAGCAGGGGAGAGAUCCUCGAUGAUACCAUAA